AUGGCACCCAAAAAGAAGGGAAACAAGAAGGGCCAGGACGACUGGGAGGCCGACCUGGGCGAGAGCAUUGCCCCGCCGGGUGCUAAUGGCGAGCCCAUCGCCGACGAUGCAAAUGCCAACGGCGACGACGAAGCCGCCUCCGGAGGCGGCGGCGGUCUGAUGGCCCAGCUGCGCAAGAACAAGGACAAGCGCAAGAAGAAGGGUGGCCAGGACAACGAUUUUGUCGACGGCGAAGACGCCUCCGGCGCCCCCCCUCCAGCCGACGACGCCGACAAAGCCCCCGAAGAGGCCACCAUUGACGACGAGUUUGCUCUUCCUGUCAAGAAGGGCAAGGGCGGCAAGGCCAAGCCGGAGCCCGCGGCCGCGGCUGCUGACGAGGACGGCGAGGACGGCGGCCGCAUCCUAACAAAGGCCGAGAAGGAGAAGCUCAAGAAGGAGCGCGAGAAGCAAAGAAAAAGAGAGCAGGCUGCCAAGAAGAAGACAACCACUCCCGCAAAGGCCGAGCCUGCAAAGCCUGCGGCCAAGGAGACAGCUGCUGCUGUCCCCGAGCCUUCCACUCCCGAUCCUGCUGCCGACGCCGGGGGCAAGAAGAAGAAGCUCCCCGCUCACAUUGCCAGAAUUCAGCAGCAGCAAGAAGAGCUUAGACGCCAAAAGGAGGAAGAGGAGCGCAUCAGGGCUGAAGUCGCCGCCAGGGACGCCGAAGCUGAUCGUCUCGCCGAGGAGGACGAGAAGCGCAAAGAAGAGGCAAGGGCCCUGAAGAAGCAGAAAGAAAAGGAGCGUAUCGAGCAGCUCAAGAAAGAAGGCAAAUUCAUGACCAAGGCCCAAAAGGAGGAAAAGGCCCGCAAUGAGCGCAAGCUCCAGCAGAUGUUGGCGGCCGGUAUCAAGGUUGGCCCUGCGGACGAGGAAUCCGCUCCUAAGAAGAAGGCCGCCCCCGAGAAGAAGCGCAAGAGCAAGAUGGAGCAAAAGGCCGAAGAGGAGGCCGCCCUUGCUGCCGCUGCUGAGAGAGCCAGGCUGCAGGCUGAGGAGGCCCUGAAAAAGGCCGAGGACGAAAAGAAGGCCAAGCAAAAGGAAGAGGCCGCUAAGAAGGCUGCCGAGGAAAGUGACGUUGAGGACGAUUGGGAGGCGGCUGCUGCUGAUGAUGACGAUGUCAAGGACAGCUGGGAUGCUGAUAGCGACGAGGAGGCUGAGAAGAAGGCCGCGGCCCUGGCCUCGCGGCCCAAGAAGACCGAUGAGGAUGAAGACUCUGACGACGACUCUGAUGAGGACAGCGAAGAUGACGAGGAACUCUCCAGAGCGCAGGCUGCCGAGGCUCAGCGGAAGAAGGAAGCCGCCGAGCGCCGUGCCAUCGCCCACAAGGCUGCCAUGGAUGCCCGUUCCAAAGACGAUCUCCGAUCGCCUAUUUGCUGUAUUCUGGGUCACGUCGAUACCGGUAAGACCAAACUACUGGACAAGGUCCGACAGACCAACGUCCAGGAAGGUGAAGCUGGUGGCAUUACCCAGCAAAUUGGUGCCACAUAUUUCCCCGUCGAGGCCAUCAAGCAAAAGACUCAUGUCAUCAACAAGGACGGCGCUUUCGAGUUCAAGGUUCCUGGUCUCUUGGUCAUCGACACACCUGGCCACGAGUCUUUCUCUAACCUACGAUCCCGCGGUUCCUCGCUCUGUAACAUUGCCAUUCUGGUUGUUGACAUCAUGCACGGUCUUGAGCCCCAGACUCUCGAGUCGAUGCGUCUGCUCCGCGAGCGCAAGACUCCCUUCAUUGUCGCCCUGAACAAGAUUGACAGACUCUUUGGCUGGAAGAAGAUUGACAACAACGGUUUCCAGGAGAGUUUGCAACUUCAGAACAAGGCUGUUCACAACGAGUUCGACAAGCGUCUGUCCGAGACCAAGCUCGCCUUUGCCGAGCAGGGUUUCAACGCCGAGCUCUUUUACGAGAACCCUUCCAUGUCCAAGAACGUCUCUCUGGUUCCCACCUCUGCUCACACCGGAGAGGGUAUCCCUGACAUGCUCAAGCUUAUCAUCCAGCUUACCCAGGAGCGCAUGACCAAUGCCCUGAUGUACCUGUCCGAAGUUCAGGCCACAGUUCUCGAAGUCAAGGCUAUCGAAGGUUUCGGUAUGACCAUUGACGUCAUUCUCUCCAACGGUAUUCUGAAGGAGGGUGACCGCAUCGUGGUAUGCGGUACAGAAGGCGCGAUCAAGACAAAUAUCAGAGCCCUGCUCACACCGGCGCCUUUGAAGGAGUUGCGUCUCAAGUCUCAAUACGUGCACAACAAAGAAGUCAAGGCUGCUCUUGGUAUCAAGAUCAGCGCCCCCGGACUGGAAGGUGCCAUUGCUGGUUCCCGCCUGAUGGUCGUCGGCCCUGACGAUGACGAAGACGAUAUCGAGGAUGAGGUUCUGUCGGACCUUGACAACCUGCUGAGCCGAGUAGAAAAGUCUGGACGCGGUGUCAGCGUCCAGGCCUCCACCCUCGGUUCCCUGGAGGCUCUGCUGGACUUCCUCAAGGACUGCAAGAUUCCCGUCGCCAACGUCGGCAUCGGCCCCGUCUACAAGCGCGACGUGAUGCAGUGCGGCAUCAUGCUGGAGAAGGCGCCCGACCUGGCCAUCAUGAUGUGCUUCGACGUCAAGGUGGACAAGGAGGCGCAGCAGUACGCCGACGAGCAGGGCAUCAAGAUCUUCACCGCCGACAUCAUCUACCACCUGUUUGACGCCUUCAACGCGCACAUGAAGGAGAUGCUGGACAAGAAGCGCGAGGAGUCGAAGCUGCUGGCCGUCUUCCCCUGUGUGCUCAAGCCCGUCGCCAUUUUCAACAAGACGGGCCCCAUCGUCAUUGGCGUCGAUGUCAUCGACGGGCAGCUCAAGAUUAACACUCCCAUCGCCGCCGUCAAGACGAACCCCGUCACCAACGUCAAGGAGAUUAUCAAGCUCGGCCGCGUCACGUCGAUCGAGCGCGAGCACAAGCAGAUCCCCGUCUGCAAAAAGGGUCAGCCCUCGGUCGCCAUCAAGAUUGAGAUGGGCGGCACCCAGCCUACCUACGGCCGCCAGCUCGAGGAGUCGGACCAGCUCUACAGCCACAUCUCCCGCGCCAGCAUCAACUGCCUCAAGGAGUUUUACCGCGAGGAGGUGACGAACCCCGAGUGGAACCUGAUUGUCAAGCUGAAGCCCCUGCUGGAUAUCCCGUAA